AUGAGUUUGAUUGUUUACGGUGAUAAAUUCAACGAUGAUCAAAACGCCCAGAGCGUGGUUUUGCACGACCCCGGUUCGCGCUCUCUAGUAGUGAUCAACCCGCUGUCUGGCGAGAUUUCAUUGGUGAGACAAAUAAGAGGUCCGAAAGGGGACUCUUUACCCAGAAAAAACUCGCCACAUCUGCUGUCUUCUUAUUUUUGCCCUCAGUGCGGAAGCGAGGUUGGAAGGGGGUUCGACUAUAAGUCCUCAAGACACGGUCCGGGGCCCAAAUCUGGCUCAUUUGUGGAUAAAAAUUAUUUCAAGCUCUUGGAACAGAACAAUUUUUAUCGCACUCAGCAGCCAUGCAUCCAGGAAGCGUCUGCAAUUCCCUCUUCGCUGUUCACACCAGGCUACUAUAGGCGAUUCUUUAAGGAAUUGUCACUUUUAGGAAGCGGAGCUCGCGGCUCUGUUUACAAAGUCGAGCAUGUUCUCAUGGAUAAUCAUCUGGGCGUGUAUGCUCUCAAGAAAAUUCACAUAGGCAACGAUUUGUCUUGGCUCGAGCUCGGCAUGAAGGAAGUGAAGUUUUUGAGUGCCCUGACUCACAGCUGUGCGAAUUUGAUCACAUACAACCAUGUUUGGUUAGAAAUGGACAGCUCGAGCGGCAUUGUUAAGGCGCGUGAUGGCUUAGGCACCGGGAUCCCCGAGCAAAUUCCGUGCAUUUUCAUUUUGCAGAAGUUUUGUCCGGGAGGAAACUUGGAAGAGGUUAUUGAGAAGAAAGUAUUCGGAAAAUUCGCGGACCAUGAGUCAUCUGAGGAAAGGAAGCGACGGUUCAGGCGACAGAGGGCCGAGAGGGAUGCAGGGGCCACAAAAUUACGGGGUCUAAACACGUCGCAACUGCUUUCCAUAAUCUACGACAUUGCAUCAGGUCUAAAAGAGCUGCACCAAAUGAACAUAAUUCAUCGCGAUUUAAAACCAUCCAACUGUCUCUUAUCGGAAACUUUCGACCCCGAGAAGCUUGCCUAUGAUGAGAAAAGUUUCCCGACAGUUAUGAUAGGUGAUUUUGGUGAAAGCCAAAUUGGCGGGCAGUUACGCUCUGCAACUGGCGCUACGGGUACCUUAGAAUUUACAGCACCCGAGGUCGUUCUUGUGAAUACGGCUGUUGAAGACUCGAGUGCCGCACUGCCACAAUUUACUUUCCAAUCGGAUCUGUACUCGCUUGGGAUGGUGUGCUUUUUCCUGACAUUUGGUGAACUACCUUUUCUUAGCGAACUGAGUCUUCCGCAACUCAAGCGUAACAUCAAAGCACUCAAGAUUGAUAAGAAUUUGCUCAUGGAAAAACACCGGAGUCUCAAUUUGCAGCCGAUUGACGCAAGAAUUUUCGAUCUAAUUGUAAAGCUGUUGAGUCCGGACCCUGCAAGAAGGCCGACUGCUACGGAUGUGAGGAACGAAGUUGGUGAAAUGAUGGGAGAUCUUCGCAGAGUUUCGAUUUCGAACCAAUUUUUGGCGAGAUCUGCUGAUGUCUUGGAUCAAGAACAACUUUCGGACUUGGAAGUUGACGAGCCCAUCAAACCUGAAGAGAAAUCAAGCUUUUAUUUUUGCUCACCGAUCUCGAAGUAUUUUUGGAGGCCUUAUACCACUGCUGUAACCAUUUUCACUGUGUAUCGCUAUGGGCGAGACUCGUCUCUGCUUUACAUGUCGGUAUUUCUCCUGGGGCUGUCAUUUAGGUCAGAACAUCACGGUCGCAGAAGUCUAAUCAUUGCGACUCUACUUUCCAUUAUUCUAAUGGUUCUUGUCAAAAACGAUUAA